AUGGUGAAGCGUCCUCGUCCCCCUCAUCGGCGUCUCGUCGGUCCAAGUCAAUCAGUGAAUGAGCCUUCUAGGAACCCCAAUGCCGGCGGUCAGACUGCCGAUGGGAGCAGUGAUGUCGAUCCUACCCAGCCUACCGACCCUUCGACUGUCAAUGCAGAUCAAGGAAAAGGUCAGGGUAAUGGAAGGGGCAAGGAUACCACCACAGGCGACGGAAAUACUGGUGCAGCAGCUGACAAGCCCGUCAUUGUAGCUGGACCUGAUCCCUCUACCGAUCCCACACCUGUCACGCCCGGUCAGGAUCCUUUGGUCCCCACUGAUCCCACUACGCCUGUGGACGAUGGAGGAAGGGGAGGUGAUCAGAGAGGUGGUCAGGGGUCUACCCAAGGGUCCAAGGGAGGCAAUGGGCAGGGCUCUGAUCAAGGCAGCACGGGGCAAGGUGUUGUCCACAAUGGCUCUACGAGUGAUAAUGGCAACGGUGAUCCCACUGGUGGCAGUACCGACACACCUACCGAUGGGACCACUGGUCCAACAGUCUCUUCCAAGAAUGGAGGGAAUAACCAGGGAGGUAAAACGAAGACUGGCAAAGAUACAAGGUGA